AUGCACCGCGCAGGUAGGGGCGUGGCGAAGGGCGGGCAGGGGCCGUGGCCGCGCGCUGAUUGGCUGCGGGGCGGGUCUGUAAAGGCGGAGGGCGCGCGGAGCGAGCGCCAUUUUGGCCUCGUGGUCGGGAGUGAGCAGGACUCGCCUGCGGCCGCUGCGCUUCGCUGGCCUCCCAGCAGCGAGAAGCCCUUCAUGUGCUUGGAAUGUGGGAAGAGCUUUGGGAAGAGCUUCAACCUGCUCAGACACCAGCGCAUCCACACUGGGGAACGGCCCUAUACAUGUGGGGAAUGUGGGAAGAGCUUCCACCAGAACUCCCACCUGAUCCGACACCAGUGCAUCCACACUGGGGAACAGCCCUACAUGUGUGGGGAAUGUGGGAAGAGCUUCAAGGACAGCUCCAACCUCCGCAUCCACUGGCGCAUCCACACUGGAGAACAGCCCUACAAGUGCUCGGAAUGUGGGAAGAGGUUUCAGACCAGCUCACAUCUUCUCAGGCAUGAGCGGACGCACACGGAUGAGAGGCCCUUCCGCUGCACCGACUGUGGGAAGGGCUUUAGUCGGAACUCCCACCUUGUCAGGCACCAGCGCAUGCACACCAGGGAGGAACCCUACAAGUGUGGGGAGUGUGGGAAGAGCUUCACCCAGAGCUCUGCCUUGACCAAACACCAACGGACCCACCAGUAAGAGAAGCCCCACCAGUGCCCCGACUGUGGGAAGAGCUUCGGCCGCUGCUUCCACCCCGAAUAAAGCCCCUGAUGGUGAGGCAACCCCUGGAGUCCA